AUGAACGCUGUUCUUUCCUCUUAUGUCAAUGGUGUGAGGUUCUACCUUGACGUAGCUUGUAAUAUUUUACUGGAGCAAUGGAAAUACCAAGUAUUGGUUGCUUUUUACAGUUCAUCUGAAGAGUUGAGCGCCUUGGAUGAGAAGGUUGCUGUCACCAAGGAAAAUGCUGCAUGGGUCUUACAUCAGACUCAGUUUAUGCCUGUUCCACCGUGCUCAUUUUCAAUGCCCUCGCCACCACACAUGACACCCAUGGUCAAUCCUGUUGGAAUCCCUCAGCCUCCAGCACCGCCUCUGCCUCCACAACCUCCUGCUGAAGAGCAGCCACCUCCACCUGAUGAACCAGAACCAAAGAGGCAGAGAGCAGAUGAUGCUUCUCUUAUCCCGGCAGAGCAGUUCCUCACUCAGCAUCCGGGUCCUGUUAUCAUCUCAGUAUCUGUACCCAACCUUGAUGAAGGAAAUCUGCAUGGCCAAGUUUUGGAGAUUCACGUCCAAUCACUGUCAGACACAGUAGGUAGUUUGAAGGAGCAGAUUGCUGGAGAGUUGCUGCUCCCUGCUAAUAAGCAGAAGUUGAGCGUGAGGACUAGUUUCCUCAAAUACAACCUUUCUCUUGCUUACUACAAUGUGGGUCCUGGAGUGGUGAUCAAUCUAACACUGAGGGAGCGUGGUAGGAGAAAUAAAUGGAGAAAGAAAUGAAGGAGAAAGAAAUGAAAGCCUUUUCAACCUCAGCACAGUGUCAGGUUAAUGCUUAGAACCAUUGUUCAGAGCUAUCAUGGAGAACCUUUUUACUGGAUCUUGCCGCGGUAUUUUUUGUAUUAUUUUAUUGAGCACAAUCUUUGGCGUUAUAUGAACGCUGUUCUUUCCUCUUAUGUCAAUGGUGUGAGGUUCUACCUUGACGUAGCUUGUAAUAUUUUACUGGAGGUUUGCUACUGGAUAGCCUACUUCAACUUGCUUGGGAAAAAAGGCUAUGUUGUUGUUGUUGCUACUGGAUACCUUGGCCAGUUGGCCACUUAAACUCUGUAUCACAUGUCUUCUUUAGCUUCUUCUGGUUGGUCUUAGUGUCUGCAGAGCUCCUAUUUUCUGCGUUAUGAUUUUAUCUUUCUUAUGGGAGUAUGUCGAGUGAAUUUUUCUUUGGGGAAGUCGUGUCUUCCUCCUCCUGCUGAAUGGUCUUCCAAGUUAUCUGUAUGUAUCUGUGGGGUUUCAGCAAUGGAAAUACCAAGUAUUGGUUGCUUUUUA